GGCAUUACAAGUUGAACGUACGCUGAGAAAAAUGAUCUACAUUUAUGUGCAAAUCAAUUUAUAUUGUUAGCUUUUCAAUUUAAUGUGACAGGUUGAAGCUGAAGCUACGGAAAUCAGUGUUAAGUUAUUGGAUAUUGAGCAUGCUUUGUUCGCUUAGAAAAUCAAGGUAGAGCUGUAAUUAGAAAGCCCCUCACUGAUCGAAUGAGAAAACAAUGCUCACUUUACUCAAUUGGAUUAUUGUUUUAAUAGUCAUUCUUAUUCAUGGUUUGGGCGAGUACAUAUCACUAGUAAAUGGGUUUAAUAUCGAUUUAAAAUCUCCACUCCUCAAAACUGGACCAGAUGGUUCUAGUUUUGGUUUUUCCUUAUUGGGAUAUACUCACUUUUCAGGACAGAAAGGGGUGGUCAUAGGAUCUCCAACAGAGGGAAACAACGGUGGACUGUUUUGGUGUCCACUUUUGAGGAGCACGUGUAGUCGAAUCGAUAUUGAUCUAGAAAAAGAGACUCAUAUGCAACCUGGACUAAAUGGAGCACUUUUAGGAUAUUCAAUGUCUUCAGCUUUUAACAACAGCCGGGGACCGAUUACUGUUUGUGCACCUCGUCUUUCAUGGUCAUCAGCAGCAUCUGUUUAUUUACCUGGUGGUUGCUUUGAAUUUAAUGAACGUUUAGAAGAGCCUCAAUUAAAUCCUGCACCAAGUGCAAUUUGUUUAAAUGUUAAAGAUUCUGAUAAAUCAAUUGAUCUGAGAUAUUGUACAUUUGGUGCAUCAGUUAAUCAACAUCCUAAUAGGCCAAAACAAUUAUUUAUGGGUGGUCCACAUUUUUAUUUUGAGAAAGGCGUUGGGGCUUCAGUGAAUACAAACACCUUUGAGCGAGUAAUAACCUCAGUUGAAGAUAUUCCUUCAAAUACACUUCUUGGUUCAUCUCUUGACACUACCGAUCGAUUGUAUGCACCAUUACCGGGAUUAAAAUCACAUGAAUUGUAUGUGGCUUAUGGUGGUCCAGGUGUACCAAGUAGUGCUGUAAAUGGUUUCACUGAUAAAACGAAAUUUGGCACUGGAAUCGUAUUAAUAUUUCAAAGUAAUAAACAAAAUGGUAGAAAUAAUAUCAAACCAUUAAUGAGAAUAGAAGGACAAAGUUUUGGCAGUCGAUUUGGUCAUUCACUUAUAUUUCUCGAUAUUAAUGGAGAUGGUUGGGAUGAUCUAAUUGUCGGUGCACCUUAUCAAUAUUCCAAUACGACUGUCGGUGGACAUAGAAGACACGGAGCAGUGUUUAUAUUUUUAAAUAGACAGUCAUAUUUCUAUACACCAGUGGAUGAAGUCAGUGGCGUGGAGUUGUUUAGUUACAAUUAUCCUGAAACUUUUCAAAUAAUUACACCUCCAUCUCAUAAUUGUGGUAAUUCACAUAUUCCUGGAUUUGGAGCGACAAUUACAAAACUUGGUGAUAUUAAUCACGAUGGUUUUCAAGACCUUGCUGUCGGUGCUCCUUAUGAAGACAACGGUGGUGCAGUCUACAUAUAUCAUGGAAGUAAAUCUGGAAAACUACAAAAACCAACACAAAUAAUCUGUGCAAAUGAUUUGCAAAGUCCAAGACCAUUAGAAGGAUUCGGAUUUUCACUUGGAUUGAAUGGUGCCGACUUAGAUGAAAAUGGUUAUCCGGAUAUGGCGAUUGGAGCAGCUUUGUCUAGCUCUGUUGCAGUGUUACGAGCUAGACCUGUAGUCAAGCUAAGAGCAUAUUUAACAUUAAUGGAUGGUAGUACUACUCUGCCUAGUUCAUUAAAUUCAUUAGUGGAUUGUACUCAUGAAGCUCAAUCAAUUACUGGAUAUAAAGCUCCAUCGGCUAAAUGUAUUGAUAUGAAAUUAAUUCUCACAUACACCAGUGUUGAUGGUAUAUCUUGUAGUCCACAUAAAACGUAUCCAGUAUCAAUUUUAUUAAAAUACAAUCCAAGCAAUGAAUGGAUUUCAGAAGGUUGGGAUCAAACUUCACAAAAUCAUUCACCAAAUUACGAAAGUAAAUGCACCUAUAAUCAAUAUUCAACUAUAAUUUCCAAAAAUAUUAUGAAAGAAUUUUAUAAAAAUUAUACUUUAUCACCAAUUGUCUUUAUACGAGAAAAAAGUUUAUCAAAUAGUGAAAUGAUUGUUAAAGAUUAUUUUAAACGUAAUGAAUCUGCUUAUCUGACGGGUUAUGAUAGUCCUGGUGGAUAUUUACAAUUAGAAGGUAAUGCUUUUUGUCGUGAUCUACACAAAAUAAAAGAGAAUAUACCAUUCAAUCAAGAUGAAUUGAAUUUAGCUAGUACAUUACGAAUAAUAUUUCGAGAUACAUAUUUGAUUGAUCAAACGGAUCGUUUAAAAAUUGGUGUCAAAUGGAUUGCUAAAAUGACUGAACCAUAUCCAUUAGCUGAUCAAAUUGACGAGUAUCCUGUAGCUGAUCCACGUGCAAAUAGUGAACUACUUCAGAUAUCUUUUGAUAAUCCCUGUGCAAUUCGACAAUGUUGCCCAACCGUAAGAGUUAGUUAUAAUGUGAAAGUAACCAGAGAUAAAAAUGGACCUGUUGUUUAUGUGGGUGAUGAUAAUAAUCAAACAAUUGAAUUAUCCGUUCGUGUAACAAAUAUUGGCAAUGAUUUAGUUUAUGCUACUGGAUUAGUCAGUAAUUUUCUACCAAAUUUAUUGGAACUUGAUUCAACUCUUAAAGAAGCCAGUUUAAUUCAACCGGAUACAGCAAUCUGUCAUCUUAGAUAUCCAUUGGCUUCUGGUGAAUCAAGUGAAUGUAUGAUACGAUGGCUUGUAAUCGGACAUCAGUUAACUGUACAAAUGGCUAAAUUUCAUGUAAAUAGUACUGUAUUGAUAAGUUCUAAUAAUCCCAUACAAGUUGAAGGACAAUUAACUAAUGAAUUACAAGUAAAUAUUAAAAUGAUUGUCAAUGUUUCAGUAUUUGGAACAACUGAACCGAAUACAAUUUACUUUAGUGGAAAUGUUAGUGACGGGAUUAGUUCAAUGUCAGCAGAAAAUCAAAUUGGUGAUGUUAGAAUUGUUGGAAAAUUUACUGUACGAAAUUUACGUAAACAUAGUUUAAUACCAGCAUCACGUCUGAUCAUUGAUUGGCCUUUUGAAUUCGCUGGGCUCAUCAAUGAACCACAUGGAAAAUAUCUUCUCUACUUGCUUGAAAAUCCUUAUGUAAUUCAACAUGCGCUUCCAAUUCCUGGUCAAACAGUAGACAAUGAAACUAGUGUUGUUUGUGAUUCUAAGGCAUUACAGAAAGUUGUUAAUCCACAUAAUUUCCGAAUAUUUUCUAGAUUAAGAAAAUCAAAUGAUGGUGUACCAGUACGAACUGCGUCAAUUAAUAUCCCUUCAGACAACCCUUCUCCGUAUCCCCCACUAUCAGACAAAAUGAUCUUGGAGCCAGUUCCUGAUCGUUUAGCAGAUUCAAAGAAAUUAGUUGAUCGAAAAAUGACUACAAUCAGUUGUUAUAAUGGACGUAUACGAUGUGUACCAAUUAUUUGUGAUUUAGGCAAGUUAUCCUAUAAAGCUGGACCAAUUACACUUGAAUUUAUCGCUAGACUCUGGGAAAAUACAAUGCGAGAAGACUUUUUAAAAGUAUUUUUAACUAAACUACAUCUGACUGCAACAUGGAAAGCUGAUGUUAAAUAUGGCAUUGACCUUGGCGGUUCGGAUUAUGCACAAGAUACAAUUGAAGUUCAUAUAUUUAAUAAUUUAGAGCAGAAACCAAUCCCUCCAAAAUAUAUGGCAUUAUACAUAGGAUUAGCUGUAUUUGGAGGUUUACUAUUGUUAUCUAUUCUAGUUAUUAUACUUUAUAAAGCCGGUUUCUUUAAACGUAAACGUUUCAUGCGAAGACGAACAAAAGUACCGCCUACAGAACCAACCCAAAGACUUGGUCAAUACACUUCAACUGAACCAAAGCAAAGACAGCCGUUGAUUUCACCAAUUCAAACAACCUAUCAUGACAAUAGAAAAGUCACUUCAAGACGAACAAAUUAUCAUCCAGUGCCUAACACACAGGAACCAGCCUAUCGUAGGACACCUUAUUCACCUUCAUCUGACUUUCCUAUUCCACAUAAAUAGUAGAUAUUACAUACACUGAUUAUUAUAGAUAUAGAUUUUUUUAUUUUCUAACUUAACAAUUGUCCUUUACGGGUAAUUCAGAAGACUAUCAAUAAUCACAACGAUAUAUAUAUAUUUCUCGACUGCUGUUCCGAAAAUAUACACCACAACUACAAAAUGUCCAAAUCCUAUCAUUUUACUCAGAAUACUUUUCUAUUUGCUGACAAUGUUUUCUCUUACCAAUCUUUUUGUUACUCAAUAUGCCAAUUAUCAAAUCAACGAAAUAAUUGCCAACUUUUUCUGAGAUGCUUUCUAUAUUACCUAUAUAUAUAUAUAUAUAUAUAUAUAUAUAUAUAUAUAUAUACACAUACAUAUAUAUAUAUAUACACAUACACAUAUAUAUAUAUACACAUACAUAUAUAUAUAUAUAUGCUGUUCACCCGCACACACGCACAUACAUAUCUAAUUGCUGUGCACAAAUGAGGCUUGGCGAGCUAAUUGUUUGACUUUUUCAAAUUUGUAUCAAUUAAACCUACUACUGAUGGUAAUAACAGUAGUAUUAAUGAUGACAGUAAACUAACCUAUACUAGAACAUUUUCAGAUGACAUUUUUAUAUAUACAAAUAUCUGGAUACAGCUCUGAUAGUGAAUUUCAACAAAUAUCCUUUGUUUUGGCUCAAUUUUUUAUAAAUUUUAUUUUUCGACGGGAUGAAAUCUUUUCAAUUUAUUUCAGGGGAGACUAGGAAGUACCGCAAUAGUUGCGCAACCUCCAUAGAAGGCUAUUAUCGUUAUAUUACUACCUCAUUUAUCAGGUGCAGACUCAUGUAUUUGGCUUUAGGACAUACUAUGAUUGUGAGGGUCAGUAGUACUACUUAAUUGCUUAGACAGAAGGUGGUGUGAAGUUUGAACCUGACAUUAAGUACUUCAAAGUCCAAUGCUUUAAUUACUAAACCACCCCACUGGUAGUAUUGAAGCAGAUAAAAAUCAUAUAUAUCCUCCUCGAAAUACUUAAAUCAUUUUACGUUCACGUAGAACAACUUCUAAACAAACGAUAUGUCGGUUUAGUGUAUUACGUAGUUUCUCUCGAAACUACUGACGAACGUUUAUCCUCGAAUCGAAGGUCGAAAACGGGGCAAACCAAAAUGUACCACAGUAAUGCGCCAAUUCUACGUGCCAUGGUUCAAAAAACAGGGACGAUGGAGCAAUGACGAUACUGAAUUAAAAACAUACAUACUAAGAACUAGUAGCGGAUAGAAAUUGAAACUAUACAGUCCAACCUUUAGAAUAAAGAACGGAUACACAUGGACAGACAAAUGUUCCAACCACCCCAGCCAGAAAUUAAUUUACAAAAUGUUUUAGCGAUAGGGUCAAAAUACGACAAACUAUACAUUUUCCUUAUAUCUUUGUCUGUUCGUGUGUUUAUAUUUUGUCUACUAUAUGUUUUUCGUAAAUAUUCUUAGUCCCGCUAAACAAUCUAGCUCAAACCAUUUUCAUUCACUUACAUGGUUGUCAUCUUACAAAUACAUGCUUAAGAUAUAUUCCUUCAGUGCAUUUCAUAUCUGGCUUUUUAUACCAAGGUUGUGAAUUGGUGUUUUUUAAAAGUAUGGUGCACGGAAUCAAACUCGAUUGCAGUCAACUAAGGGCUGCAAAUGUGCUAACUAUUCAACUUUAUCCGCUUUUGAACCAAGUUUCUUAUCAAUUUUUUACUUCUAUCUUAACCAUUAGCUCAUCGCUAUUGAAGCUCUGACUUAUUUGAAUAGCUUUGGAUUUCUACGUACUUAUUUUCCUAAGUAUGCUAUCAAGUGAAAAGUAAUUUGAUCGCUCUGAAACUGGUAAGAUGCUAGAUAUUGGAGAACUUCACUAAUUCUGUGGAUUGUAUUUCAGAAAUCAAUAUUCAAUGGCUCACUUUAAGGCUGCAUUUAACUUUAAAAUCUGUAGUCUAUAUAUGAACUUAGUUAGGAACGACGGCUCUGGUUUAGAUAGUGUGGUAGCUUCUAUCAUUAAAAGGUGUACCAAAGAUCCAAAUCAACCGAGUACAUGCUCUCUAACUAAACACUUACGGUUAAGUUUGCGGUGAACUAUUACCGAAACUGUGUUCGUCAGGUUUAUCCACUUUCUCAAAUCUUACCUAACCCCGUCAUAGAUAUUCUUUUAGAAAUGACGUCCUUGUCGUCUGGCUCUUCAGGAACUUAUAUCCUAACAGAGAAUUCAAUUGUUGACUUCGAAUGCCUGAAUGACAAAAUCCGGUUUGGUGAAGACACUUACAGAAUCCAGUCUUCUGAUUCUCUUGAGCAAAAACGCUCGCGUGUCGGUGAUGUAAUUCCCUUCCUCUAAAUGUAAAAUGUUGCUUCAGGACUGGCCUAUGUCAACGUCUGAACCAAUAAAAGGAAACGAAGCAGUUGAAAGCACCGAUCACUUCAUUUGUUUUGGAAGUCUUUACAGCCCUGGUGGGUUGGUGUCUGACAGAAUUUCAGCACGAACCCAUGAAGCACUGUUGGGUCUUGCCAGCUUGCGUCACUUGUGGGGAAAUAUCCACCUUCCAACUAAGGAACGAGUUUACUAAGCAUCAGUUUGCUCUGCUCCACUUUAUGGGUGGGAAACAUGACCAUUCAGAACAUAGAAUAAUUGUAGAUUACUAGUAUUCCAUCAUAUGUACAUUUUAAGCAUUCCUCAUACAUGUUGGGAACAUCGAGUGACAGGACAAUGACGAGGUUAGGCAAACGACACCAGGUAUGAAUGGCAAAUAGAUAUAAGAAGUAAUGAAUAAUCGCCAACUACCUUGACUAGGGUAUGACAUAAGUCCAACCACCGUUUACCUCGAUGGGUCACAUUGUUUGGUGUAGGAACAGACUGAAAGAAAGCUAGGAGUGGCCAAACUAAGAUAUGGCAUCAGUCGAUGAAGUCAUUGACUGUUGGACUGACCUAUGUAACAAGAUGAAUACCACCUAGUCGGGAUGUGCAAGAUCCUCGUAACCAAUGGUUGGAGAUGUUGUAUGACACAGAUCGGAAUAGAUCGCAAUGAUACAGGUGCAUCCACUAUAUCUUACCCUAGUUCCUGAAUCCCGAGAUCUCAUACUUUCUAUACCUAAUCUUUCAUACUACGACUGAUGCUGUUGCUACUUCUAAUACUGCCCGAUUUGUCUCGAAAACUCUAUCUUGGUGUGCUAAUGUGAUGUGGCAACUUGAGCCAAUACACGUGUUGCAAGAUAUACGUUGUGUAUGACUAAGACAAUGUUUGAACAACUACUAGUUGAAUCUGUGCCAUCACUACCGUAAAUCCAGUUAUUCAAUCGAGUGUUGUCAGAGGUACGAGGAUGGCUGCACUACACUAUUAUUUACACCGUGAAAAAAACAUCUCUUGACGGACCCGAAAAGUGAAUUAGGUUAGGAGUAGUCUUGACAAUUAGGGAGCAAGUCCGUAGAAGUCGAGCGCUAAAUGCUUGAUACCGGUCGUGUACGGCUUUUUACAAGUUCCUAAUAUUUUGGCUUAAUUUAGUAACUAGAUAAUCUUGAUAUUACGUCCAUAAAUUUAAAUACGCUUGGUCAUCUUAUUUGCCUACACUUACGUACACUAAAGGAUAGAUCUAAUAAAUUAAUACUGUUGUCAAAAAUUGACCCCUAUGGUGCUCUGAUAAACAUUAUAACUCCAACUGAAAGCUUAAAUACAAGGACUUAACGAUUAAGAGCGAAAUUAGUACUUAGAACUCGAAAUCCAGACUGAGAAAAUCAAACCAUAACUACUUCAUAACACACAGGAAACGCACUACAUAAAGCCUUAGUCAUGAAAGACUAAUACGGACUCGAGGACAUUUUGGUUGUUCAUCCGUCAGGAUUCUGCUACAUUCUGACUGAUUAUUUGCAUCCCGACAAUGUGGCAUUAGAAAUACCUCGUGUUCCGACAUGCAGUAAAAUUUUCAGCCUUGACGGGCUAACACUGAGAUCACUAUUCGAAACAUUUUUUACAUCACUAUGAAAUUUCAAAGUACGUUUACCAUUGCAAUUAUUAUCAUUGCAGUUGAUAUAUAACCGAUCGGAUUAAAAUUACUUUUAACUUUAUUGUGGUAAUCACCAGCAAAGCUUCCAUUAUUAAAACAAAUACAUUUUUGAGCCCGACAGGGAAGAAAAGGGUAAAGGCACAGACCUAUUAGUUUGUGACAAGAAUUGUCCGUCAAAAUUAUUUUAUUUAUUUAUUUAUUUGAACACACAAAUAGAAUGAAAUGACGAUAUUUACUGAAACUACUAUUCACGCUUUAAUUAACAGUCCGUUUAAAUUAUCAAGAUCAAGGACAUCAAGAGCCUAAUAUCAAGCCUCAUGCAGGUUGACUCCAUAUUAAUAGUGCAAUCAAAGUACCAUAUUGACACUGCAUUUCAGGAAAGUUAUAUAUAACCGAAAAUAGCGUACUCAAUACAUCGUUUAAGAUGUUUCGUUAGACAAGAUAGGACACUAAGCAAAUCUGUCACUAGUAAUCAACAUAUGUAAUAACUAGUAACGCAACCUCAUGCAUCGAGGGCCUGCAAACUAAC